UGGCUUUGGUUUUUCGCCAGCUGAAUGGACACGGAGAGAGGGAAGAAAAUGAAGCUGAGAGCUCUCCUCGUUGUAAUAACAACUGCUCAUUCAGUUCGCUGUUUUGACUACAUCCAAACGACGUUCAAACGACAGAUACCGGAAGUGUCCACCGGAACUCUUCCUCUCCAACCGAUGUACGCCACACAGUCCACCACACGGGUGGCGUGCUUUGAGACCUGUCACUUCACCACCGGAUGUCAGUCCGUGAUGUUUGACGGCGAUUUGUGCCAGCUGUAUAACCAUACUGUCCCGGGGUACAAUGGAGAUACCCUUUUUGCAGUUGUUCAAAGAACAGCCUACUCGAAUGAACACGAUUUCACAGCCUCAAAAUGCACAGAAAAUGGUUACGUUUAUAACGCUCCCUUCUCCGUGUGCUACAAAGCCGACACGACUCUGGCCAACAACACGUACGCUCGUCAAUUGUGUAGUCAGUCUGGAGGCAGGCUAAUGGUUAUUGAUUCAUCAAUGAAACAAAAUUUCAUAGAAUCUAUUACAUUUCCCACAGGCGUUGGUGUGUCGAAUUUUCGUAUAGACGCGCUCAAAUCCGGCGGCACAUGGAGGUAUGCUGAUGGGAGGGAGAUAACUUCGUUUUACUGGGGUACCGGGCAGCCAUCUAACGGGUACCCAACAAUCUGUAUCGAAAUGACCUCGCACAAGUGGAACGAUGUCCAUGUCAACUACAAUCACGCUGUGUUGUGUGAAAAAGUUCUAUAAUGGAGGAGAGAUCGAUCAUUGAUGUACAUGUUGAGAGGAUGACGUGUAAAGGAUGAUAUUGCUUUUUCAAGCUUUAAUGCAAUUAACCAGGGGAAAUUGAUUUUUCAUAAUUGGCAUUCAUUGUAAGUAACAUCCCAAUCAUUAACAGGAAUUCAAUCUUUAACCUUCACAAUAAACAGUAAUGCCACACGGGAUAAAGGGGUAUUUUAGUCCCAGGUAGUUUUUAGGGAAACCUUUAUAUGUUAAAGAUUUCCAAUAAGUGAACUUGUUUUAUCAUAAACAUUCAAGGCACAAAGUCUCAUUCAAAUCAAUCAAAAGCUUUUAGUUGAGUAACAUUUUAAAUGUGUUUCCAACAUUAAUCUCAUUCAUACUUUUACCUGACAUGACCUUAAAAACGAAGACACGUUAAGUUCAUCAGUAUACAAAUUUUAGAUUAAUUCUUCUACUUGAUAAAGCUUACCAAAAUGCCUGUAUUAUAUACAACACUUUGUAAUCAGGAAGUGUCAUGCCGAUCUCGUUCUGAAAUAUAUGCUCUGUGAAUUAAAUAGUCCCCAGUUUACGUAUUUAAAAAAAAUGUUAUCAUUUUGUUAUCAACCCCUUUCCUGGAUUGAAUAAGGUUAAAAUUGUACAUAUUAAUUAAAAUAUAUUGAAUCA